AGUUAACCGUACCGUAACGACGUGACACCUGUGCCGGUCUUGGUAGUGGACGCGAGUUUUGAUUACCUUUUUUGCGCAAGUUUUAAUUUGAGGAAGAGUGGGAAGGCUUUUCCGAAGGUUUUGUGAGAGUGAUCAUUGAGUGAGCUGAACAUUUUUCAGUGGAGGAAAAAUGUAGCGAAUUUUCGGUGAUAAAAUGAGUUAAAAUGAUCAAAAAAUCAAGUGAUGAUCAAUCGCUCGAUCAAGCGAGUGUCCAAGAGAAUGGAACAAGUGGUGGAAGAAACCAAGAUGGUGGCUUAAGCCGCCGAAGCUGAUGCUGUGCGCGAGCCGAAAGAGUUUAUCAGAGAUUAAGCCCGUUGUGAGGUGAGCGCGAGGUAAAAACGAGGUUAAGGAAGCCAUCGAGCGAGGGAUUUUUCUGCUCUCGCGCUCUCUGCCUCGCGACCAGUGAAGGAAUUUGAUCGCAAAUUUAAGUGAACCUGAGCAGCAAAAAAAAAAAUAUUGAGUGUAAAGUAACCAAAUCGAUGUGCUUAACCGCGAUAAUAAAAGUUUAUCGCGCAAAAUUGAUGGAGUGAGCGGUGAUGGUGGUCUAGAGCCAUCCGAAUCGGGCCCAGGAUUAAAGGUUAAACGUGGAAGGGGUUUAGCCUGACCAGAAAAGGGGGGUAAAUAAACCGACCGCAAAACGACUCGUAAAACGUCAACCCGAGUGUUUUUAUUUUUGUGUCUACUCUGUGGUGGCCUGGGAAAAGCGCAGUGCAGUGAUAAAUUUUUGUUUUGGGCAAAAAAUACAUAAUCAUAAAACACAAAGUACACACACUCACACACACACUUGUACGCCAAACAAAACAAAUAAUCGUAAAACCCACCGUGUGCAAGUGAACGCAAAACAAGCGCAAAUCUGGCUCAGGGUGUGCGAAAUAAUAAAGCAAAAAGAGUUGUUGUGUUUGUGCGCACUAAAACAAGUGCAAAAAAAAGGAUCGAGUGCAAAAUUAAAUCAUCCCCAAUUUGGAUUACAAUUAUUGGAUUACGUGUGGUCCCGUCCAAUUCCACAACCUCUGAGAGGUGCCAAUCAAGUUGUAAGAGGUGUGCGUAGCCAUAUUUGGACUAAUACACACGUUACGAACGCCGGCGGGCGUGUGAUACACGCACUCAAACAGUUGCGCGUGUGUCACUAGGAGAAGGAAGGAGUUUGCAGAGCUCAGAGAAUCGAGCUUGCCAGCCAGUUUGGGUUGGUCGAGGUUGCUGAAAUUUAAAGCAAAAUCAGAAUGCCCGCCGAAGGUUCGCUGGACGAUCAUGGGCUGGCGACGAUGUCACGCUCGUCACGGAUCGACCAGUUUCUGGCGGCCGGAAGCGGCCCGCCCUCCUCCCCCACGAUCCGCGGAUCCUCCGGCGGUUCCAGCGGGAGUGGCGCCGCCGGUCGGACGCCCUCCUCGUCCGGAAGUUACGACGGUCAGCUGGGCGGUGGAUUCCCCCCGCACAUGAUGAACCCCGCCGGCCACGGCCGCGAGAGUUCGGCGUUCGUGCCGGUGCUUCCGUCGAGGACGAUGCGACCCGGACUCUACCCAGGGAUGCUCGACGGUCCGGACGGGAUGCCCAAGGAGGGAAUGCCCAAGCGGGGCUCAAGCUACGAGCUGAUGGCCAUGAUGGCGGACAAGCGGAAAGAGAUGGCCCUCCGGGAAGCCGCCGCAGCCAUGCUGCUCCCCCGUGGAGGUCCCCCCGUACAAUCGCCCGGUGGAAUCUACCCACCACCGGGCGCCUUCCUCGGCGGCCCGGGCCCAUCCCCAACCUCCGCCGGAACGUUCACCUUCCCCCCGGCCGGCCUGUACCCACCGGGCGUCCCCCCGGGAAUGCACCCCAGCCUGGACCGGCGAUUGCUGCGAGCGCCCGGCCGGGCCUCCCGCCCCAAGAAGCAGUUCAUCUGCAAGUUCUGCAACCGCCAGUUCACCAAGUCCUACAACCUGCUGAUCCACGAGCGCACCCACACCGACGAACGGCCCUACUCCUGCGAUAUCUGCGGGAAGGCGUUCCGCCGGCAGGACCAUCUCCGAGACCACAGAUACAUUCACUCGAAGGAAAAGCCCUUCAAAUGCACCGAGUGCGGCAAGGGGUUCUGCCAGUCGCGGACGCUGGCCGUGCACAAGAUUCUGCACAUGGAGGAGUCGCCGCACAAGUGUCCGGUGUGCAACCGGAGCUUCAACCAGCGCUCGAACCUGAAGACGCAUCUGCUGACCCACACGGACCACAAACCGUACGAGUGCAACUCGUGUGGGAAGGUGUUCCGGCGAAACUGCGACCUGCGACGUCACGCGUUGACGCACACCGUCGGGGACGUUCCGCCGGACUCGCUGGACGUCGGAGACGACGAUCCCAACUUGAGUGGAGACGAGGACGAGUCCGUACUGGAGGUUGAUUCACCGAUCCACAGUCCUGCCGGGCACCGGAGGUCUCCGUCACCCCCGUUGGACAUGCCCGUAUCGGCGGAACUCGACGACGACUAUCCGGACGAGCACGAGGAGGAAAACGACGAAGACGAGACGAUCAGCGUAGCGGGCUUGCCGGAACCGGAUCCGACACCCGUAGUUCAGUGCCAUCACGAGAGACCUACCGGCUCGAAGAGCCCGUACACCAUGCGACCCCAGUACGAUCACGGCAGCAGAUCAUCGACCAGCUCCCAAUCUUCUCAACACUCGCAACCAGGCCUCACCGGUGAAGACCUGUCCACCGGAGGCGGAGGUCCACUGCCCGUACAACAACACCCGCACGACAUGUUCAUGCCCAUGCUGCACGUCCGGAGGGACCUCCACCACAAGAUCGGCCUCCUAAACCGCGCUUCCGCAACCAUCACCAGCGGAACAGGCCUGCUCGAACCCGGUGGACCCACCCCCCACACCCCCUUCUACAGCUCGAUCCCACUCCGGAAGCGAGCCAUGGGCCCGGACGGCGAACCCCACCCGAUCAUGGCCCGCCAUUCCCUAAUGUCGUCCCAUCUUUCCCACGCGAUGAUCAAUCAACGACCCCUCAUGAAACCCCCCGACCACGACCAACAACACAAACCCCCACCGCCAGACUCCGCCUCCCCCCACGAGUCCCUCCCCAUGAUGUCACCCCCGUCAACCCUCCCAACCUCCCCAGCCCUCCUCUCCCCCCAACAACCCACCCAGCAUCCCAUCAAUCUCGUGAACCUGUCGAAUCCCCCGACGACGACGAACCAACCAACCUCAGCGCCAAGUUCCACGGCGGCAGCAACUGCUUCAACCUCGGCGGCCCAGGCCGCCGCACCAGUUCCAGCGGCUCCGCCGCAGCGCAAGACCGGCUUCAGCAUAGCGGACAUCAUGCGUCGCUAGCGUCCUGCUGAGAAAAUCCCCCGAAUCAAUCAAUCAUGCUAAUGCUAAUGAAUUCUACAAAUGUACAAAAAAAAAUAGUGAGGGAAUAAGAGAAAAAAAACGUGAGAGGGAGAUGAAAAUAGUGUCAAUCCUUUUCUUCCUUUGGGAGGCUGCAGGGUAUUGAGACAGGGAGGAAGCAGCUGGGAGGAGCUGAUUAGCGAAUCGUAGCAAGCUGCUGAAGAGCUGCUGUUGAGCUAGUUUCUUGCAUUAUUGAUGGCUUCCGACUAUCGGAAACGUGGCGAAAACUAAGUGGAUGGGAGCGUUGCUCAGUGAGCGGGAGCUAAUUAGGGACGGAAAGUUAGGAUUUCAUGGAGUUUUGAAAUUUCUAUAUUUGUAAUUCCAGAUUUAUAUUCACUGAAUUUUUUAUAAUUUUUGUACAUGAUAACUUUUAUUUUUAAGGACGUUAGAGGAAAAACAAUUCCAAAAUCAGAAUUUUGAUAUAAACAUAAUUCGAGUUUACGAUCCUCUUUUACAAGACUUUUAACUCGUUUUUCUUUUGUAAAAUAAAAACAAUAAUAUCAAAAUUACGGACAAUUGUUGAUACAAUGAUAACAGAAUCUUACCAAUUUCCCAAGGUUUACCAAAAAUGUUAUUUAAAGUUUUUGAGCUCUGGUUGAAAGAGGGGCAAAACAACUGUCAAAUUCCAAGCUUUAUUGUCAAAAGUUUUAAGUGAAAAAAACAUUACAAAUUGUUUCGUGAACAGUUAAAGUGUAAUUUCUGUUCAAAAUUUACCAAAUAUAAAUAAAUUUGAAAAUACUCAACAUUUUCACAAAACAACGUAUUUUCGAAAAAGUACUCAAAAUUUAAGUUUUUUUUUUUUCAAUAUGGGUAUCAAAUGAUAAGGAUUUUCAUGCAUUUUGAAAGUUAUAAUAUUUUUUUACAUACUCCAAAUUUUCACAAAAAUUUGUAUUUUCGAAAAAGUACUCAAAAUUUCAGGUCAUCUUGUGAUCGAAAAUUUUUCAUACAUUUUUCAUCGAAAGUUAUAACACAUUUUUUUGAAAAUACUAAAUUUUUUCACAAAACAACGUAUUUUCGAAAAAAUACUCAAAAUUUCAGUUUUUACAACAUGGGUAUCAAAUGAUCGAGACUUUUCAUACAUUUCGAAAAUAUUAAAACAAAUUUUUGAAAAUACUAAAAAAAAUCAUGAAACUAGGUUUUUUUUGGGAAAAUCUCAAUAUGGGUAUCAAAUGAUCGGGGUUUUUCAUACAUUUUGAAAGUAAUAACACAACCCAUAUAAUUGAAAAACUGAAAUUGUUAUUGAUGAUGUUGUGUGAUGUUAUUUAGUAUUGUCAAAAAUUUUGGUGAUUAUAAUCGAAAUGUUUAAAAAAAUUCCGAUCAUUUGAGACCCGUAUUGUAAAAACUGAAAUUUAUAGUAUUUUUUCGAAAAUACGUAGUUUUUGUGAAAAUUUUCAGUUUUUUUUCAAAAAUGUGUGUUAUUAUUUUAGAAACGUACAAAAAAGUCUCGAUCAUUUGAUACCCACAAUGUUCACACUGAAAUUUUGAGUAUUUUUUCAAAAAUACGUAGUUUUGUGAAAAUUUUGGGUAUUUCAAAAAAAAUAUACUUAAGAAAUGUAUGGAAAAAUCCCGAUUAUUUGAUACCUACAUUGCAAAAACAAAGAUCUUGAGAUUUGUCUUUCAAGCAAAAAAAAAAGCUUUAAAAAAUCCGGAAAAAUACGUAUUUCUAUAAA